AUACGAAAACACGCCUUCGUGAGAUGUGUGUGACAUAUGGUCGGACAUCUGAAAACGUUCAAGAAUUUUGCAAUAUAAUUUGUAAACGCUUUUUACAAGUACACGGGGUGAUCGAUUCCUAUCCUGCAUACACGAUUGGAAAUGAAACAAAUAUUGUUUUUGUAUUGACAAUCAAAGAUAACAUAACUGAUAUUCAUCAGCAGCUCUCUAAGUUUGAUAUAGACACUAUUAUCAAAACAGUUUCUUCAGAUAUUUGUGAAGACGACCUAGCAAUUACUGAGGACUUUCGAAAAAAUUACGAGGAUAUGGAAAGACUUAACGAAUGCAUAUUAAAUAAUACAGAAGAUUUAAUGCAACAACAUAAGUAUCUUAAUGUAAUACGAGGAGGUUCAAACAAACAAAUGAAAGGUUCAAAAAGAGAACUGUGUCUAGUUUUGUAUGUUCACGCAAAGGGAUUUAUACCUAUUGACGAAGAUCUGUUUAAAAAAUCAUAUGACGGCAUACAUGUGAAAGUUCGAGAAGGAAGAUUUACGCCUUAUAUGAAUCACGGUGAGGAAAUUCGACAAGGAAGUUUUACGCCAUAUAUGAACCAUGCUGAUGUUGUGCUUAACAAAUUAAAAAUGGGUUGUAAAAUUGAAGGUCACCAAAAUGGCACACUUGGUGUAUUUAUUGAACAUCCAUCAUAUGGUAUGUGUGGUAUUACGUGCGCCCAUGUUGCAAUAAGUGCUACUGAAAUGGAAGAAUGUAAAUCGGAGAAUGGAAGACUUUUAUGGGGAAAAAUACAUCCGUCAAAAAAAUAUAUUCAUCAACCAUUCAGAACCAAUGAUGACUUGAAUCAAUUCGGACAAAUAGUUGAAGUUAUUUAUAAGGAAGGUAAAGGGUCAGAGACAGGAAUUGAAAUCGCGUUAAUACAGAUAGAAAAGAGACAUCCAGAUAGCGGAAAACUCUCAACACCUAGAUCCGACUCAGUCGAUUCGGACUUUGAGUUCGUAUCAGGCAAAACGUGUGGACCAACAAGAUUUAAUACCAACAACCGAUGCUUUAAAGUUGGAAGCGCAACUGGUUUCACAGAGGGUACCAUUGAAAUGUGUGCACCUAAUACUGUACGCACAGAUACACAUAAGUGGGAUUAUGAUCAUCUGCGGAUAACUUUAUACAAUCAAAUCUUUGUUCGGCCAAUACGAGAGGAUUUUGCUGUUCCUGGUGACUCCGGAUCGCCUGUAUUUGUGAAAGAAGAAGGAACUGGCGAUCCUGUGUGCAUUGGGAUAGUUGAAGGAGGUUUAACAGGAGGACUUGUCGUUGUUACUCCUAUUACAAAAAUUCUAGAAGAGCUCGGUUUAUCUCAACUGAAAGCAUUUCCACAAAAUGUUAUGCAAGAACUACAACAGAUAAAAUCAACGCUUAAUGUAGUGACAACACAAUAUGCGGAAUUGCAGCAGAUAAAAUCAACGCUAAAUGUAUUUCAAGCACAAUAUGAGGCAUUAAUAAAAGAAAUAAAACAAAACAAUCGAACACAUACAACAUGAAAUGAAUGUUAGAAGCAGCCGAUUGUUUCAUGAUUGUGUAAUGACAUUGAUCCGUAUUAUGUGUUAAAGCCGAUAUCGACACGCUUAUUCGCAUUUGUUGUGUUGCAACAUUGUGUCUCAAUUGUGAUACAUCGGCUAUCUCCGGAUUCCUCCGCAAGAUAGGCCUCGUAUCUUAUGGUCGCCAUCUUGGCUUCUAUUACUACUUUACUACCCAAAUGGUUAUCAGUAUAUUGUUACAAGGCCGUAUACGACGCUCUUUUAAAUAGCACUAGACUUUCUACCGAAACUUUGAUAUAAAGAGCACUGUCAACGUUCUUUUGUUACGUAUUUUGACCUAUAAGCCAUAUCAUUUCCCUUUUCAAAUUAGUUUACCACGGAAUUUUUAUCUUUUGAAAAUGAAAUUACGGUGUUAACAAAACUAUCCAAACAGAAAGUGAAACUAAAAACAUUACAUUUCGCGAUAGAAACACUAAAUUGGUCCAGUUUUACUGUGUUGAUUAUUUAUGUAUGUGUAUGUUACUAUGGGGUGUAUUUAUUGGUAAAUACCAUGACGUUGUUAAAUGAAUACCAAAAAAUCCUAAACUAAUAGUUUGUUUUAAUGUAUUAUUAUUAUUGAAUAUAAAAAGAAUUUAAAAUUAUAAGUAUUAUUAAUACUAAAAUUAUCAUUACUAUUUGUUUGAACGAGAAUUUGUGCAUUUUAUUCAUUAUUCAAUUCCGUAUUUUUAAUGAUUGUCCACAUGUUCUUGAUUCAAAAUAAACUGCAUUAAUAAGGUGUUGGUAUUUCAGCAUUAUAUGAUAUAAUAUUUUGUUAGUUCAUUUUAAAGCAUAUAGUGUAUGCAUACAUGUUUUUCAUUUGCAAACAAUGGUUCUAACAAAGUAUACAGGAAAUAUGCCUUAUAAUGUUUUUGAUCAUGGUUCGUAAUAUUUCUAUCAUUAUGUGUUCUGUUAUAUUUUAUAAAUGAUCAUAUAAGCUUGAAAAAGAAAAUAAUAAUAAUAAAUAAUAUAUGAAAUGAUAAACUAACAUCAAGUGAAUAGUAUAUAAGUGGCAAAGCAUUAUGAAAAUUAAAUUCGAUUCCAUUUUUGUUCAAAGAUAUGCAAUGUAUCAUUACUGAGGGCUAUUUGUUUCUCAAUCUGGAUAUUUAGUUUCAGACUAUGUAUAAAACAAAAAAAAAUGAGUAUUUGUUUUCUGUACGCCAUGUUAAAGAUUAAAUAUUUCAUCAACAAUAGAAUACAAUUCACAAUAUUUUUACCGUCUAUUGAUCUCUAUGAGUUAAUUCCAAAACUAAAAUUUAAGAAGGAUAGUUUAACGUUUAGCUGUUGUUUUUCUAGAAAGGAUGUCAACUGAUUCCAAAUAGGUUGGAUGUAUUUGCACUCCCAAAAUAGAUGUUCUAUAGUUUCGAUGUUUUCACCACAGAAGUCACAUAAGUUAGAGAAACAUAAUUGUCAUUUAAAGAGAUAUUCAUUGGUCGCGAUUAUUCGAUUUAGUAAUUUGAACUGAACGUUUUUAAGUGUUAUGUCGAUUGUUGUUUUGAAAGACAUAAUAAAUAUUUCAUUCCAGUUUAAUACAUGCUCUUGGAAUAUAUUUAGAGCAUGGUAAAUGUUCAGUAUUACUGUUUCCUCACAAAUAUCAUAACUUAAACGAAAAUUUGCGAAUCUGAAACAACUUUUUUUAAUUUUGUCAAUUUACCAGAACGUAAAAAGGCCCCUUUAAUGCUCUUUUCAAACCAGUCUUGCUAAAAACGUGCUAUUAUUUGCUCUUAUGAUUUUGUUAUUCCAUAAAAAAAUGGUUUCACUAUUACUUUUUCCUUUCAACAUAUUUUUGAAUUGAAUCAAUGAUGAUAGUAUAUUAUAUAUUAAUAUAUUUUUUGCUAUAUAAAGAAUUAGAGACGCACUAAUGUUGCAUUCAAAAAGUAAAGACCCACCAUAUUUGGCUAGUAUAUUUUGACAAAACAAUGCCCAUUUACUCUUAUUUGUGGUAUCUAAUAUACGUUUGACCCAGCUGGAUUUGAAUGAAUCUAGGAACGAGUAAAUGUCAGUCAGUUGGAGACCUCCCAGCUCUACAGGUUGUAUUAA